AUGGCGGAAGCCAUUGCGGAGAAAGUUCCCAAGGUCGAGGUUCCUGGAGCACUCAGCAAGAUAUUCGAUCGUGCCAUUGAGGUUCGAGGAAAAGCUGCAACUUGUUUCCGUCAAUCGCAAAGCGACACUGUCCUAGACGAGAGCUACCAGACCGAUGCUCACUUCGUUGAUAUCCUCAGAUAUGCUGCUGGAAUCCUUCAGCCACUGGUUAAGGAAUCGGUGCCUCGUGCUCAGAGAACUCAGCCAAGUCAAAAGCCCGACAUUGACUCGCUGCAAAAGAUGAAGAAUACUCUCUCCAGUCUCUCGAUGGAUCCCAACAACGCGGCUGAAGAGGCCGAGACCGAGGACGGACCUGCCCCAAGACCAGAUGACUCGAUGGAAACACUACCCCUGUGA